UGACUCAGUCGUAUUGAACUGCAGGGGCAGAGUGGAGGCGACGCGCCGUGUCCGGCUGCCACGAUUUCUACGCGCAGAAAAAAUAAGGAUUUAAAGUUUGUGGAUUGUGUAUUUCACUCGUGAAUUUGGAGUGGGGAAGUCCGGCUCCCCCACGGGAUACUUUUGUGGCAACUUGGGCGCUUUGUUUCUGUUACAGUUGAGUUUUCCGUUCGCGUCUGUCUGUGGAUAUGGACAGAAGAGUGCCCACUGCAGGGGAAGAAGACGCGCCGCUGGAAACAUUCGUCUAACUGGGGGGGAAAAAACUACUGGAUUGUUGGAUAUUUGAUGAAGCCCUACUCGAUUUAUUGUGCUUUUUUCCAGAGACUUGGAAAUAGAGACGAGGAACGGGGAUCUGUAAGUUGUAUUUCUGAGCGGACUCUGAGUUUUAAUCGUCAGACGGUGCGUAAAACAUGGAAACGUUAACGCGGCAGAGUUUCCAGCCUCACCCGGGACUGCAACAAACUCUCAAACAGUUUCACCUGAGCUCCAUGAGCUCUCUCGGAGGACCGGCCGCUUUCUCGGCCAGAUGGCAACACGACCUGCUGUUCAAAAAGGACGGGAAAGACGUCCCGGAGCCCAUGCUGCACCUCCCCCCCAUGCAGCCUCCUCCGGUGAUGCCGGGGCCGCUCUUCAUCCCGUCCGACCGCUCCACCGAGAGGUGCGAGACGGUGCUGGAGGGCGAGACCAUAUCUUGCUUCGCGGUCGGCGGUGAGAAACGCCUGUGCCUGCCGCAGAUCCUCAACACGGUGCUGCGGGAUUUCUCGCUCCAGCAGAUCAACUCGGUGUGCGACGAUCUGCACAUCUACUGCUCCCGGUGCACCGCCGACCAGCUGGAGAUCCUGAAAGUGAUGGGCAUCCUGCCGUUCUCCGCUCCGUCCUGCGGGCUCAUCACCAAAACGGACGCGGAGCGCCUGUGCAACGCGCUUAUAUACGGGGGAACGUAUCCGCCGCAUUGCAAAAAAGAGCUCUACGGCUCCAUAGAGCUGGAGCUCACCGAGAAGAGCUUCAAGGUCUAUCACGAGUGUUUCGGAAAGUGCAAGGGUCUGUUCGUUCCGGAGCUCUACACGAGCCCUAACGCGCCGUGCGUCCAGUGCAUGGACUGCAGGCUCAUGUACCCGACCCAUAAAUUCGUGGUGCACAGUCACAAAUCGCUGGAGAACAGGACUUGCCAUUGGGGCUUUGACUCGGCCAACUGGAGGGCGUAUGUGCUCCUGAGCCCGGAUUACACAGGGAAAGAGGAGAAGGCGCGUCUGGAGCAGUUCCUGGAUGACAUUAAGGAGAAAUUUGACUUCGCCAAUAAAUACAAGCGGAAAGCAUCACGGGCGUCUGAUCCCAUUCCUGCCAAGAAGUCCAAACAUGAUGAUUUACCAGCACAGUCGCCCUCAGGAGACAAAGACAAGCAACCCGAUUGGCUACGAUCCCUCUCUGCGUCAGCCAAUAAGGGGCUCAACGGCAUCCAGCCCAGACAGAGACCCUCUGCUUUCAGGCCAUGGUCCCCGAACAUCUCUGUCAAUGACAAGGAAGGAGUCGGCAGACCUGCGAACAUGUUACGUGAUAGCUUUUACAACUACAAGAGUCUGGAGAGCGCUGUGGCCCCCAACGUAGCUCUGACGCCCCUCCAGAAAGGGGGGCAGGCGUCUCCAUCCGCCCCCAGCACCUCACACCUUCACGGUGCGGAAAGUGAAGGGGCCAGCCGCGGCAGGAAGAGGAGGCUGACGGGCGAGACCCAACCCAGCCCUCAACCCUGCCCCUCGGCCACUGCCAGCAAGCCCAUGCCACCCUCUCAGGAGGAGAGAGAGUCGGACGUGGAGGUGGAAGUGGAGAGCCGUGAAGAAUUCACAUCAUCACUUUCAUCUCUUUCAUCUCCAUCCUUCACAUCCUCGAGUUCCGCUAAAGACCUGAGUUCUCCCUCCGGCCCCGGUGCCUCUGUCCCAGCGGUUCUGACGCCAGCUGGUGGGACCCCUGAGGGCCCCCUGGUAUCGGCAGCUGAGGGACACGCAAUGACUAACCUGGAGUCUGAGCUCGAGACGCUGAGGCAGGCGUUGGACCACGGUCUGGAUUCAAAAGAGUCAAAGGAAAAGUUUCUGCACGAGAUUGUGAAAAUGAGGGUGAAACAGGAGGAGAAACUAGGAUCCGCCUUACAGGCCAAACGAAGCCUUCAACAGGAGCUAGAGUUUCUGCGCGUCGCUAAGAAGGAGAAGCUGCGGGAGGCGACCGAGGCCAAAAGAAACCUGCGAAAGGAAAUCGAGCGCCUGCGUGCAGAAAGCGAGAGGAAGAUGAGGGAGGCGAACGAGUCACGUAUACGGCUGAAGAGAGAGCUGGAGCAGGCCAGACAGAUGCGAGUGUGUGACAAGGGCUGUGAAGCUGGCCGUCUGCGAGCCAAGUAUUCUGCACAGAUCGAGGACCUGCAGGUAAAGCUGCAGCACGCCGAGGCAGACCGAGAGCAGCUCAGAGCCGAUCUGAUGCAGGAGCGGGAGGCCCGGGAGCAUCUGGAGAGAGUGGUCAAAGAGCUACAAGAACAACUCUGGCCCAAAAGCCCCAUCAAGAACGGCACAGAGGCAGCACCCCCCAUCGCCAAAGACACCAAAAACUAAUCGUCUCUGACUCGUGACUCCACCCAAUCCGCAUCAACACGGCCCUGAUCGACAGCACCUACCGCCCAAUCACGUUAACUAGCGAGCGGGUGACCCUGCCCCACCUGCUCCUCGCCAGUGCAAAAUUGACGCAAACCGGAGCUAUCCUGGAACUUCCGUUGAGGGAAUUCAGACUUUGAGAGCACUGAAACGCAUCAAACUUCCAACAAGAAAUAACAAGGAAACGUCAAUUCGGAAAAGGAAAAAGCCAAUAGCACAAAAGCUAACGGUGCCUGAAACUGAACCCAUUUUCAAAUGAAGACUUUUCUAUGAUAAAUUGAUGAUGAGAGUUUUUACUACCUUUAUAGCAUGCUGUCUGCCCCGACGUCGGAGAAAAAGACUCGCUAUCCCUCCCGAACUAACGUUCCUUUCUGCGGGGAAGUACGAUGAAAUUCACUUUGUAAUAAGCUAUUUCGGAGACUUCUUGGUGAGCGUGUAUGAGACGAAACAAAAACCUUUCGUCUGCAAGAGCCUCAAAUGGAUCCCUCUGUUGUCAUGCUCAAAAAGAGAGGAGUGAAUCUCUCUUAUGUCAUGCUGGUUAAAAGAAGCCAUUGUCAGACAAGGACACAAAUAGUUAAACACACAGACUCACACACACUUGUCAAUGUUAGAGAGAUACCGAGCAGGAGAGCGUUGAAGGGCUGUGGAGAGCUUGAGGUGGAGAAGUUCAGCUCUGUUGAAUGGGGAGAGAUAUUUGUACUCGAGUGUUACGAUCAACCCACAAGCACUUUCAAUUAAACGGUAAACAAAUGCUCCCCCACGAGCUGUACACGAGACCGCACAGAUACACCACGUGCAUACAACACGUACGACUAAACAUAAAAGUAUGAUGUCGUUAGUGUGUGCGUUGACGCGUAAGUGCACUCGAGUUUGGUGUCUGCGUGGAGGUUUGUGGCACCUGUUCUGUAAGACUUGUGAGGGUUUGGUUAUGUUCUCAUUGCGGCUCACACACACAUACAGUGCAGUGCUUCUCCGUGGGCAGAGGUGCAGAGAUUUGGCCCGGCUCACAACCGUGGGCGGCCAUUUUAGAAAUGAAAAUAAAAGCAAAAAAACUAUUCGGCUUCUAGGGCUGGAGGUGUCAUGUGAUCAAGAACCACAAAUUUUUCUUUUUAAGUAAAUUAUAACAUGUAAAUAUGAAAAUGUUUUGCUUUUUCGCUUUUUUUUUUUUUUACUUUACAAUAAUGAAUCGCACUUUGUCAUUACAAAAAACUGUCUAAACGCAUUACGCUCCCACACUCUCCCACACAUUUAUCUCAGAGAGUUUAGUAUUCCUAAGUAUAAAAAUAAACGUUUUUGUUAAUUAUAUGCAGUUCUAAUAAAUGCAAUGUAAUCAUGUGUUUAAGACAAACUAUUGUAAAUAAAACCGCAAGAAUUUAAAAGAAUAAAGGUUCUACCUGCUUGCUUGCUGAAACGUGGACGUGAAGCGUCCGCCCGAUCCGACUUUAAUUCAACAUUUAUCAUAGUUAUCGAUAUAUGAGUAUAAUCGUUGCUAAAGUGUUAUUGUUACUGUUCUGGAUUCCUGCGUGUUUUGAACGGUUCAGAAUCAAAUUUAUAGCCGUUCGGAAUGUAUGGGCGUCAGACACACACAUCAGCAUUGGUAAAGGGAGUUUAAAUAACAAUGCAGGUGCUUCUCUCGGCUAAAAGGUGUCGUGCUUUGAGAGAGAGCAUAUUACUGCGUACAAACAUGAUGAGAAUGGAUGAAUGAACGAAGUUUAGAUGGUUUCAAAAAAUGUUUAAGCGCUCACACAUUAGCUGAGAUAGACAUAUAUUUUAUACAUGAUUUAUAUACAGUACAUUGGGUACAAUGCAAUCAGAAUGUAUGUAACGUUUUGGCUCUUUCAUUUCGUCUGUUUUUUUUUCAGAUUAUGUGAAUGUUUUGUUGCUCGUCUUAUGUUCCUUCUUUCAAUAGCAAGCUUAUGUAAUUUCUUUCAUAUGCAUGGAAUUUAAAGAAAAAGACAAACGUCUGCCAUUCAUAUAUUCAUUAUUGGGCAUUAAAACUCUAUAUGUAAUUUUUUAUUGUGUUAUGCAACAUAAAGCUAUUUUAAUCUCUUUUUUAACCACAAAGGAAAACGACACCCUCUCGACAAUAAAUUUCACUAUAAGAGCUCUUAAAAAUGCAAAACGUACACAUUUAACGGCAUUACUCUUGGGCUAAAUACAAACCUUAUGUGCAUAUGCAAUGCUGGAAACCCUCAAGUGCCUGUUUUUGGCCCCUUGGGGUUCCAGAGGAGGAACAAUUAUUACAUGAGCCUGUUUCGUGCAGGCCGGCCCAUUUGCACUCUCACGUGGGGGCGAACCCUGUGGGGUGCUUUUUUGCACCGCUGGGUUCACCCCAUUUUGCCAGAAUGAACUUGACUAUCAUUGCUUAAGGGCAAGCCGCAGCUUAUUUGAUAGGUUUUAAUGCCAGUUUGUCAGUAUUCCUUUGAUGUUUUCGUCUAUAGAUAUGAAUGAAUAAAUAAAUGCAUAGCAGAAUCUAAUGCUCCAAUUGCCACUGAAAUAAUUAAAAUCUUAUAGUAAGAUAGCUUUUAAACGUAUGUCAAUAAAUAAACUCUUCUCUGUUUUUAAAGAAUAAACGAAAUAUAUUUAAGAGAAGGUUACUUUUGCUAUAGUUAUAAAAAAAGAGCUAUUAAAAUGAUAUGGUUAUCAUUUUUUGGCAAACAGGGGUCUAGAGAAAGCCCAGGGUCUUAAACAAAAGAGAAGCUGUGCGUUUUUACAGACCAAAAAAAGUAAAAAAAUCUUUCAGAUGAGGUUGUUUUGUAGUUGUUUUUACACACGAAUUGAUACGUGUAGUUUACUUUGUUCACAGUUUUCUAUGAAAAAGGGAGAUAUUGUUCACAAGAGGCUCCUUUGCUCCCGAUAUUAUACAUAAAAAGGAUUUUUUUCUAAAAGAGCCAUUUUUUCUAACAAAAGAAGCUACGAUACAGCAAUAACAACAUAGCAUCAUUGAUAAAUGAGCAGGAUUAGCCAGUCUGAUGAUAAAGUACAAAUUCACCAAUGUAUAUAGCUGGUUUCUUUUUAUUUUACAAACAUUGUAUCAUAAAUGUAUAUUGUGUUUCUUUUUCAGAAUGAGAAAACGCACCUAAUAGUUGUUAAAUUUUACGUUGUGUUUUUAAAAACGAAAAGAAUGUUUUUAAAACAAUUAUUUCAAAAGUUAUAUUCCCAAUACAAACGUACUACUUUAUUCCACAUUCUCUUGUUUUUACAAAGAACAAUAACAAUGUUCAAUAGAAUCCUUAUGGUAAAUGCCUUUCUUUCUCAGUCAUCAGUGUUAUGUUGAUUAAAUAUCAAAUACAUAAACUCUGGUUGAAUCAGACAUCCACAUCAUUCUUUUAACAAUCUGUUCUUUUUUCCAUCCCAAUAUAUAUCUUCUUAGCCCUUCACUGCUGCUAUAACAAUAUACUACAAACUUUGCAACUCUUGAAAUUAUUUUUAUGGAAGAGAUUAAUGUAUGCUUUCUUCUACUGAUGCCGCUUAUACAGUUUGAUCUGGCCCAUUUCUCCCUCGUAGACUUUCGCUCCUCUUCACAUGGACUAUAAAAUGUAAGAUAGACAGCUCUAUGAGACUAGAAUUGAAAGUAUUUCGGCUUAUAUACUGCAAUGUCAGGAUGUACAGUGUAUAGACCCAUAAUCAAAAAUAAAGUUGUUUGUCCAGA